GCCGGGAAGCCCCACCCCGCUCCGCCCUUAUAGCCACGGCCUCAAAGCGCGCGCGCCAUUGUGUGGCUGGGAUUCGGCCGCCGUUGUUUCUUCGUCCUCUGUUCGUAUUCUCUUGUUCUCCUUUUCUUUCCUUUUCUCCCUUCUCUCUUUCCUUUUCUGUCCCUACCUUCCUAACCCCCUCACCCCUGUGUCCGCCUCCUUUCCCCCCUUCCCCCCCGCCCACCAGCGGAAAUGCCGCGCGUCUACAUUGGGCGCCUCAGCUAUCAUGUCCGCGAGAAAGACAUCCAGCGUUUCUUCAGUGGCUACGGGCGCCUGCUGGAAGUCGACCUGAAAAACGGGUACGGCUUUGUGGAGUUCGAGGACUCCCGCGACGCCGACGAUGCCGUUUAUGAGCUGAACGGCAAGGACUUGUGCGGGGAGCGCGUGAUCGUGGAGCACGCCCGGGGCCUUCGCCGGGAUCGCGACGGCUAUAGCUACGGCAGCCGCAGUGGUGGUGGAGGAGGAUACAGCAGUCGCAGAGCCACUGGCAGAGAUAAAUAUGGACCACCUGUUCGAACAGAGUACAGACUGAUUGUAGAAAAUCUUUCUAGUCGUUGCAGUUGGCAAGAUUUAAAGGAUUUCAUGAGACAAGCUGGAGAAGUAACAUAUGCAGAUGCCCACAAAGAGCGAACAAAUGAAGGUGUAAUUGAAUUCCGUUCCUACUCUGACAUGAAGCGUGCUUUGGAUAAAUUGGAUGGCACAGAAAUAAAUGGCAGAAAUAUAAGACUCAUUGAAGAUAAGCCACGGACAAGCCAUAGGAGAUCCUAUUCUGGAAGUAGAUCUAGGUCCCGGUCUAGACGAAGGUCUCGAAGUAGGAGUCGAAGAAGCAGCAGAAGUAGAUCCCGUAGUGCCUCAAAAAGUCGCUCAAGAUCCAAAUCUAGGUCUCGAAGCAAAGAUCAUUCACGUUCCCGAUCUAAAGGCAGAAAAUCUAGAUCAAAGAGCAAAUCUAAAGCCAAGUCCGAUCGAGGCUCUCGAUCUCGUAGCAGAUCCAAGGCAAAGUCGGAGAAGUCACACAGUAGGUCCAGGUCUCCAUCUCCCAAAGAAAAUGGAAAAGGAGAAACAAAGUCAAAAUCAAGAUCAAGAAGCCAGUCUCACUCCAAUUCACCACAACCUCCACCACCAUCAAAGGCUCGUUCUGAGUCUCCUCCAGUCAAAAGGGCUACAUCAGUAUCUCACUCUAGAUCUCGGUCACGGUCAAGAUCUAGUUCAAGAGAUUAAAAGUCCUGAACUCCUUUGCACACUUAUGGAACACUUUCUUACUUGCCAGGCAAUUCUGUGGUGUUAAGUACUUCCGAUGUUGGCCUCUUCUCAGGAGAAAGCCUGAACUUAGGGGCAUAAAGGUUUGAUUUGGAAGCAAAAUUAAUGGGGAAGAAAUGAGGCUCUAGAGAAAUGGUGACACAAAGCAAGCAAAGACCCCCUUUUGUAGAAAUUAAGCUCUUUGAUUUUAUAGUAUUUCAGCAGUAAUAACUUUUGUAGAGAUUAGGCUUACUUAUGAUUUUUAGCAUUUCAGCAGGAUCUGCUGUUGAAUGAAGUUUUCUUUUAAAGUAUUAAACUCUCAAAAAUGCUUUGAACUUUUAAAGCUUUGGAGAGGACUCAGUUGGGUGUUUUUUUUUUUGUUUGUUUGUUUUUUGUUUUUUAAUUAUGUUCAAGUUACAAAUCCUGAGUUGUAUUAAAGGUUUGCUACCAAGGGAAUGAAAGCCACAGGUCAAUAUUAAAUGGCUUUUGAGCAGUUUUGUCUCAUAUCAAAAUUUUUUUUUAAGUACAAACUGUGUUGUAUAUGGUUAAGUGUAAAAUUAGGCAAACCUAAAAUCAGCAAUAAAUUCAAUUUGGUAUACCAUUGUAUUUCCAUGUUAUUAAUUAAAACUUGCUAAAGUAAGUCUCUUCCCACCCCCUGCUUUUUUUUUCCCCACGUUAGAAACAAAAGGUCUUUGUAGGCAGUCUUGCAUAAUGCAGUAAAGGUGGAAAUGUUCUAACUUGAGGUUUGCUAGUGCCCCAGGUAAAUGACAUUCCAAAUAUUUUUUUGUUUCUCUUAAUUAUCACCAUUUUCUGGUUGUGGUCAGUGUCCUUAACAUCAAUUUAAUUGUAGGAUUUGCAACUUGAACAGGAGCAGCAGCUGUUCCUUAGUCUUCCACUUUUCAAAAUGGGAUGUGUGAACAUUAGGUUUUCUUUUCAAGGUUAACAGUUAAUUUCGUAAAACUGUAGUUAGAACAUCUGAUUUGUUAAGUUGGAGGAUAGGGACUUAGACCUUAAAAUAAGGACUCUUAGAUGAACAAACUUCAUCUACUUAUAGGUUGGCAACCUACUGUUAGACAAUUCCCCUGAACACUAAGGUUAAGUGACAGUGUCUGCAGCUGCACAGCUACGUCUUCCUGUCUAAAAAAGUUGGCUGUCUCUGCUUAGUCAUACUGCCUCUAAUUUAUAAAGUAAAAUCCCACCCAAUUAUCUCCUUUGGGUUAAGAGAAUUUAAUAAUGUGCAAUUAGAAUUUCCUGGUAAAUUUUGUAAAAUGUAGUUUUUCUUUAAAUCAGUGCUAAUUCCAAACCUCUGCUUUCAUCAAAACUUUUAAAUUUUACUCCUAGUAAAAUGAAACUUGAAUUCACAUUUAUGAUAACUACAUAUAAAUUGAUUUGGAGUAUAUACAUGUAUGAUCAAGAUCUUACAUGCCUGUGAGUACUUGACUUUCUGGUGCAAAGACAAGAAAUUUGGAGUUAGCCAGAUGUUUGUCAACUGAGGGGGAGUUAGUAAUUUCUAGAAUGCGUACAUUUAAAGUUAUUACCUUGACACUUAAAACUGAGGCCUUCCCUCAGUUUUAUUCAAAAGUCAGCAGAAUAUCUCAGUGGCUUAGAAGGGUUGUUCAUAGAACAAAAGUCCACAGUAGUGCAUUGAAUGAAGACUUUAAUGUUAGAACUGGGCUUUUUAUUUUAAUUGAUUCACUGUUAAAAUGUGUACAAAGUAAAAUGGGUUAAUCAAAUGAACAAAGCAAAAAGAUGCAAUUGGGGCAGUUGUAAUUGUUUCUUAUAUCUAGAUGAGAAAAAAAAAUCAAGUCAGCCUAAAAAUCCUAAAAUCCAUUUGUAUCACAUUGGAAUAAUUUAUGAGGUUGACAAAAAGACCUGACAGAAAAUUGCCUCAGACUUUGAAUUGAGAAAAUUCAUGGCUAUGAGGAAGACUGCUAGGUUUUAUCUGAAGGUACAAACCAUCUAGGUGUUGGGCUUUUAAAACCUAGCUUUGAGUCUAGUGUCCUUGAGGAACUCCACAUUUUGAAGUAUCUUAGAGAUUGUAGUAGAAAUCAUUUAACUUGCUGCCAAGACACAACAGGGUGCAAAAUAACUGGUGUUUUGCCUUGUGAUAACUAGAUUUUCCUUGUAAGUUACAGAAAAUGAGCUGCUUGUUUGGUUAAUUUUUUUUAGAUGUUUACUACAACAGAGAGGAUGUCCUUUUUCAUUUAUAGAAGAACUAGGUACUGUAAGAUUAGAGAGUAGUAGCAGUCUACUAUUUUUUUCCCAUACUAGUGACCAGAAGUAAAUGGUUGAGUAUACUAUCUCUGGGGCACUAAGCUAAAAUAAAAACCAUAAAAUAGCUCACCUUUGGCCUUCGUGGAUUCAUUCUUUGGCUAGAUUUUUUUUCCCUCAGUUUUGGGGGGAUUCAGUUAGCUUUUCAAAAUUUCCAAGGCAAGGUGGUCCUUAAUUUGGGCUUUACUCUAAAAGUUACACUACAGUAUAUAGCAAUAUUAGCAUGUUUGGACAUUGUUGACUACUGCCUUGGCUAUAUAGAUAAUUGUUUAGCUGUAUUAUUAAAUAAAAAUUUUUCAGUAACUACAAAGCCUA